CCCCCCGGGAGCCGCAGCCGGCCGGACCCCGAGCCCCGCGCCCGACGGCACCGAGCGGGAGCCGUGCCCGGCCGCUCCGGCCAUGGGCGGCGGGCGGGCGCUGUGCCCGCUGCUGGCCACAGCCCUGCUGGCCACUGCCCUGCUGGCCGCACACGCCUUCCCCCAGACCAACAUCAAGAUCAGCCAAGCCAUGCCUGAGCCUGUCCACGCCUACUCCUGCCCGCUCUUCUGGACAGAAUAUGAAGGCCACUGCUACCGGUACUUCCCCAUCAAUAAAACCUGGGCUGAAGCCGACCUCUACUGUGCCGAGUUCUCCAUCGGCAUCAGAUCAGCCAAGCUGGCCUCCAUCCACAGCUGGGAAGAAAACGUCUUUGUGUACGACCUGGUGAACAGCCGCGUGCCCGGCAUCCCCACCGACAUCUGGACAGGACUCAACGACCUACGGCAGGAGGGUCACUUUGAGUGGACAGAUGGCUCCUCCUUCGACUACCACUACUGGGAUGGCAGCCAGCCUGACGAUGGGAUCCACUCCAUCCCGGAGGAGGAGGACUGCGUGCAGAUCUGCACUGCGCUCCUGGAACGACAACGCCUGUGGCAGAUCCUUCCCCUUCGUCUGCAAGAUCCCCUCCCUGGCCCUGGACUGAGGCUGCUGGUGCUGCCCACACCCCCCUUCGUUCUGGGUCACCUCUCCAGCUGUGCCAGGAAGAGCAGUCAGGACAUGGCCUGGGCUGGGAGAGCCGUGGAUCCCCGGCCAGUCCCCGGCUGCAGAAUCCCUCCUGGGAGUAUGGUGGGGAUGAACCUGGUACUGAGCAGUGACAGGAGCUACAUCCAACAGCAAAGGAGUCCCCAAGCCCGAGUCUGGCUCUGGAUUUCACAUCAACUAUCACAGCGUGUUAGAGGAAGCCAAUACACCAACUGUUAGCACCCAGUAGUAGCCGUGUGUAGGAAAUGCUUUUGCCUGUUGAUCUGUGAAGAGUGGAGGGAAAGUGUUAUUUUCUGUUAAGUUAUGCAAAAUGCCUCUUGUCCAUGUUAUUUUUCUCUCUGCUAAAAUAAACUGCAAACAGCA